AACUGUUUGUUUUUGAUUGGUUGAAAAUUUUCACGAAAAUCCAUCUAGAUCUGAAGUUUCUCAGACACAGUAUCAUUGAAAAUUAAAUGAAGAUUGACCAAUAAAUUCAGUUAUUAACGUAGAGCAAGAUGGCUCGAUUGACUCGCAAGGUGUGUGUUUUAAGUGCCUUAUUGGUGCUAGUGACUUCAGCGGUGAAUGUGUAUGCCGAGAGCGAAGACUCUAAUGAUGGAGUCACCGUAGAGGUUGAAGAAGAGGACCAGUAUCGUAGCCCAUCCAUAGAUUCAAAAAGCAUUUACUUAGCAGAGCAUUUUGAUGAUGAGAGUGCAUUUAAGAAAAAAUGGGUGAAAUCCGAGGCAAAGAAACAGGGUGUUGAUGAAAAUAUUGCUAAAUAUGAUGGUAAAUGGGAGAUCCAAGCACCUUCACGCAAAAUUCUGCGCGACGAUCUGGGUCUUGUGUUGACGACAGAAGCAAAGCAUGCCGCCAUCUCCGCUCUCCUCGACAGGCCUUUCGAGUUCAAGGACAAACCACUUAUUGUGCAGUAUGAAGUCACCAUGCAGGAGGGCCAGAACUGCGGCGGGGCCUACAUAAAGCUGCUCUCGCGCGGCGCCAACACGAAGGCGGACCUGCGCAAGUUCUUCGACCAGACGCCCUACACCAUCAUGUUCGGCCCCGACAAGUGCGGCAACGACAACAAACUGCACUUCAUCUUCAGGCACAAGAACCCCAAGAAUGGAACCAUUGAGGAGAAACACAGCAAGAAGCCUACCCAACGCCUAGAGGACAUCUACAAGGAUAAGGAGCCCCACCUGUACACGCUGGUGGUGCGACCCGACAACACGUUUAGCGUGUUUGUGGACCACAAGGAAGUGAACGCCGGCUCGCUGCUCGAGGACUUCACGCCGCCCGUCAACCCGCCCCAGGAGAUCGACGACCCCAAUGACAAGAAGCCUGAAGACUGGGACGAGAGAGAGAAGAUCGUGGACCCGGCGGCCACGAAGCCGGAGGACUGGGACGAGUCGGCGCCGGCGCAGGUCCCCGACCCCGCCGCCUCCAAGCCCGCCGGCUGGCUCGACGACCAGCCUGACAUGAUCCCCGACCCGGACGCGCAGAAGCCUUCGGACUGGGACGAGGACAUGGACGGCGAGUGGGAGGCGCCGCUCGUGGACAACCCGCUCUGCACCGUCGGCUGCGGCGCGUGGAAGCCCCCUAUGAUCCCUAAUCCCGACUACAAGGGCAUCUGGCGCGCGCCGCUGAUCCCCAACCCGCACUACAAGGGCAAGUGGGCGCCGCGCAAGGUCCCCAACCCGGACUACUUCCACGACGACCAGCCCUUCCGCAUGACUCCCAUCCACGCGGUGGGCUUCGAGCUGUGGUCGAUGUCGCCGGCGCUGCUGUUCGACAACCUGCUGGUCACGGACGACGAGGCCGCCGCGGCCGACUGGGCCAGACAGACCUUCGACCUCAAGCGCGCCAAGCUCUCCAGGGACUCGGAUUCCGUGGUGGAGCGCGCGCUGCAGUACCUGGCCGCCAACCCGUGGCUGUACGCCGUCCUCGUGGUGGUCGCCUUCCUCGUGGUCGCCACCGUCGCCUACUGCUGCUGCACCGACUCCAAGGGUUCAGAUGAGCUGAAGAAGACGGACGGCGUGACGGAGGACGACCCGCACCCGCACGACGACGCUCCCGCACCGCCGCGCCGCAAAACCGCGCUCGACGCCGACCCCGACCAACACCAAGAGCAGGAACAAGACCAACAACAGGAGCAAGAACAAGAGCCCGAACCAGAGGAGGUUGCUGAGGCAACACCUCUAGUGGACACAGACGGCGCCGGCGACGGCCAGCGGAAACGGAAACCGCGCAAGGAGUGAGCGAGACGGAGAAACACUGACGGGUUGCAAACCGAAUCAUAUCGGUCAACCAAAACCGGUUGUAUAUUUUGCCUUCAAAACAGGCUACUUAUUUGGCAUUUUUUUUUUCAUAACCAGAAUAAAUUUGUGUUUACAUGUUUACAGUUUACAAAAAUAUUCCGUGGUACUUAUAACCGGUUUUUCUAGACCAAGUGUUUGCAAUCUCUAGUCCUGUUUAGUUCAAUGGUGGUAGGCAGUCGCUAGGAGGAAAAAGGUCCAAAGUUAUUAAUAGUUUCGUGAUUAAACAGCUACCCUACACAUCCCCAUUUUUAUCAAAUAGGGUAAAACGUAUUGACGUGCCUCUGUUUAAUAACUGGCCACCUUAUAAUAUAAAUUAAUUCUAUUCACAUAUAAACAGAAUUCAUUUUAGUAUAAGGGCUCAAUAACUGGACACCGUUUAAUAACUAGCCACCUUAUAUUAAAAUGAAUUCUGUUCAUAGGUGAAUAGAAUUUAUUUUUGGUAUAAGAGGGCCAAAUUACCUAUUAUGCAUUGAAAUAGUUAAAAGGUUAAACAAGGAAAAACUUUCUGUAAAAUGGGCUAUUAAUAAUGGGGUUGGCAACUGUCAAAGGUUUUUAUAGGUGGCGCUAGCAUAGGUUGGCCCUGUUCCUAGUUUUGUUCUUUGCGAUUUGGCUUGAAGGGCUCGCAAGUGGGUCAUACAAUUCCGAAAAUAAAACAACACUGACACUUGGUCUAGGGCGUAGCCAGCCAGUUAACUAGGGAGGGAGGCAAGUAGAUAUCGCCUGAGGUAUGAGGGGGGGGGAGGCCGUAGAGGGGCAUACAUUGUAUGUAAAAUUUGAGCUCCAGGGGCGGCAGCUGCCCCACUCCCCUCUCCUACCUGCCUACGCCCAUGCUAUUGGUAGGAUUAACAGGGAAAGCUAUACUAUUAUAGUGCCAUCUGUAGAAGACUGACCGGCCAACCCCAUUGACGCUCUCGAUCUAAUGAAUCGAAUAUCCUUGCUCUUAACGGCUCGGCCACGACAUUGCGCGACUGGCGGCGGCGGCAACCAUAGGUGGGAACGAAAGGUCUGACCGCUGCGUCUCGCUUCAAUCUAUGGAUGCCGCCGCCGCCGUCGCAUGUCGUGCAAUGUCGUGGCCGAGCCGUAACGCCUUCACUGAACUGCGCUCGAUCUGCCAAAGAAGAUAUUUGACAUUACCCUUUAGAACGAAAGCUACUAAUUCAAUCCUUCUAAGGCCGAAGGUCCUACAUAUAUACCUCUUCAGUUCGAUGAAAUUUAAAUCCUAUUCAAUUGGAACAGAGUCGCUUUUGCUGUGUUUCGUUAAAUUUUCCAACAACGCAAAAUCAACUCUAUUUCCUACACUAUAGGUUCAGAUUUGAAUGGCAAUUCAUUUGUAAGGCUGGACCUUAGGUGGCUAUAGCUAUAAUUAUCCUUUUCGUUGAUCGUAUUGAUUUACCAAGCACAGAUGUAGUGCAUAGUGCAUAAUUAUUUUCCAUCGUAUUUUCAAGGAAACGUGCGAACGUGUCUUGUUAUUUCAGUCUUGGUACAAAAAGUACUCAUGUCGACUGAAGUAGCAUGACAAAUACGAACGUUUCCGAGAAAAUACGAUGGAAAACAAUUUUUCACUAUAUCUGUAAUAGAAUUUUCUUUAUAUACUAUUACAAUGACUAAACUACGUAAUGAAUCGUAUUAAUGAAAUGGUUGAUGAAAAAUAUAAAGCAUUUUACAAUACAUAUUGGUAUUAGGUAUUUGAUUUUGAAUUGAGUCACUUUCGGUCUAAAGUGUGGAUUUGUCUUUGUUAUUUUGUGAACAAUAUUGAUUGGACUAAAAAGUAUUAGUUUGUUUUGUAUGUGUAACUAGAUUUACGUAUCGAUAUGUAUAGCUCCAGUAUACAAUGAAGAUGUUUACAAUAGCAUACGCUAUUAGCUAUCAAGGCUCGGAACCGGUUUUUCCUUCAUAUAAAAAAUACCGGUAUUAUAAUACGUUCUUUUUUGUUCUUUGGUUUAUUAUUUCAUUUUUAAUGGGGCAAUCUAACAAUACUAAGUUGUUAGCUUAAUACAUGAUUCAGUCCUACGAAGCUACGUAAAGAGCAUCAAAUAAUUAAAAAUAUUGUGCUAUUUCGGGGUUUUGAAAAAAACCGGUUCCGAGCCCUGUUAGUUUACAUUUGCUUAAUUUAAUGAAACUAAGGGGAAUUUUUGGUGUUUUAUUACAUGUAAUUCUAGGGUAAUAACUAGUUUUAUUAUUAUUGAACCAAUAUGUUAACUUUGUUAAUAAUGUUAAACAUCUUCAUUUAUGUUACGUAAUGCAUUUCUAUUCUAUGAUUUACUUUAUGUUGAAAUAGAAUUUCAUAUAAUCUUGUGUUUAGAUAUCCAUUUAUCUCUGACUGUCGUUUUCUAUUGAGUGUGAGUGACACAAAUUGAGUUGUGUGUAUAUUUGAUGCAUACUGUAACAAAUUAGUUGAAAAUAUUAUAAAUACAACAUUAAAUUAAACAUGUUAUAAGAAAAAUAACUGUAUAUUCUAAUAUAUAUUCAUUUGUAAGGUACUAUUAGGUCAUGCUCUUAGGGUAUAGCGUAUAUAAACAUUGUAACAUGGUAUGUAUAAAAAUAAACUUGUAUUUUUGUACAUAAGUACAAGUAUGAUAUAAGUAUUGUGUGUUAGCGAGUAAAUCCUUCUACUGUAUGUGACAUAUAGUUUUGUCGCAACAAUCGACUGUGAUUUCCGUUCAUAUUGUUAUCUGGGUGUGAGCAGUGGACAGGGGUGAAAGACUUGACACGUUCCUACUACGGAUUAUAUAGUCUGUCAAGCAAAGUAUGUCAGUAGCAAUGUACAGCAAAGUGAAGUAGGGCAACACUCAAAGAGCAGUAUUGCGCUAAGAAAAGCAGCAAUGUACAUCGAACCAAAACAUGUAAUUAUCAUAACCUCAAAUUUUACAAAUAAACGAGCGUGAUUGUACACUGUAGGCACCUUGACAUUGCUUAAGUUCAUACACAAUCUUAUUUAAUAUAUUGGUAUUUAAUGGUGACAGCAGAAAUUUCUCUUGAAACAGCAAUGAUUCAGAAUGUAAACAAACAAGAUGGCUGUCAUUCACGAUCCACAUUCCACAGAUAAAACACAGAUGACACGCGAUUUUGGCAUUAUUCGAACACAGUGUUGCUAACCCGCGAUUAUUCAAAUUUGCCGCCUUUCGCUACUGACAAGAUUUGUUUGACCAAAAGUAUAUACAUAUGUAUAUAAAACAACACAUAGCAAAUGAGUGUGAUGCGCACUAUGCGCAGUGCACCCCUUUUCUGUAAGGGUGGUAUUCCACCUGUCCAAUUUAUUUGUCCAAUGUCAGUGCGUCUCACUCUCUUCGCUUAAAUGAGAGAGUGAGACGCAAUGCCAUUGGACCAAUAUAUUGGACAGAUGGACUACCACCCUAAGCUAUAUUAGAUGCGUAUUUCAUGUAUUUCAUCCAGGUUAUAUUUAUUACUACUCAGCGUAAAUUUGUUAAACUUGUACAUUAUUUGACUUCACUUAAUUCUCUAUACUUUCAAUGUUAUCACCGCUUAAAAGGUAAUUUUCAGACUUGUAAUGACAAUAAUUAUUGUAUAGCAAAAACCUCUCUUUGUACAGUCGACGUCUAAGAUAUGUUUACACUUUUGCACCUUACUCCUUUGUAAUAAGGCGAGAAAUGUAAACGUAUCUUUGACGUCGACUGUACACAAAAUGUUGAAAUUACGGGUCUCAGAAUUGACUUAGUGGUGAACAUACAUUCUGAAACUAUUUUUUGUCAAUUUGAUUUUUCACUUUUUCAUAUCUUCACUAGCUUUUCUUAGUUAUUAUUCUAAUGGAAUUGAGCAUGAUCCUAUAUGUGUCGUUGUCGGUUACCGUGAGAUGCAUUUCAUUAGUCCGUACGAGCGUGUGUGUGAUAGGAUGCUAUUGGACUGUAAUUUACAUUAAUAUAUUUAAUUAUUUGUA